AUGGAGGUGUGUGUGUGUGUGCGUGUGUGUUGGGGGUGCUCACUGUCCAGGCUGGUUACAGGGGAGCCGGAGUUCCGCUAUGUGGCGGGGAUGCAUGGGAACGAGGUGGUGGGCCGGGAGCUGCUGAUCCUGCUGAUGGAUUACCUGUGUCGGGAAUACCGGCGUGGGAACGCCCGCAUCCUGCACCUGAUCCACAACACACGCAUACACCUGCUGCCCUCCAUGAAUCCCGACGGGUACCAGAGGGCAAACCGCCUGGGCUCUGAGCUGGCGGGCUGGACUGACGGCCGGUGGACGAUGCAGGGCUACGACCUGAACCACAACUUUGCCGACCUGACGGGUCCAUCCUGUUUUGACGCAGAUGAUCGGCCUGAGGGUCGGCACCGAACCCCCAACCACUUCAUCCCCAUCCCCGCCUACUACCGCUGGCCCAACGCCACCGUGGCCCCAGAGACGUGGGCGGUGAUAAACUGGAUGAAGAAGAUCCCGUUUGUGCUGGGUGCCAACAUGCAUGGGGGUGAGCUGGUGGUCUGCUACCCCUAUGACCAGGGCCGCGACUUGUACGUCGACUUCCAGCCCAGCCCCACCCCCGACGAGGAUGUCUUCCGCUGGUUGUCGCUGGUCUACGCGUCCAGUCACCGUACCAUGGCGCAGUAUGACCGGCGUAUCUGCCACACCGACAACUUCAUGCAGCACAAUAACGUCAUCAACGGGGCCCACUGGCACACCAUGACCGGCAGUAUGAAUGACUUCAGCUACCUGCACACCAACUGCUUUGAGGUGACGGUGGAGCUGAGCUGUGACAAGUUCCCCACCAAGUUCACUGCACACCCAGCCCCCACCACAGGUGAUGGAGCUGGCCGAGCGGUUGGGAGGACAACCGCCGAGGCCCUGCUGCUCUACAUGGGGAUCAUGGUCCACAUGGGGAUAAAGGGCGUGGUGAGGGAUCGCCAUGGCGACGGUAUCGGUGGCGCCACCAUCAGCGUGGACGGAAUCGACCACGACGUGCGGGCAGCUCCAGGCGGGGACUACUGGCGCCUGCUGAACCCCGGCAGCUACAGAGUGACGGCCAGGGCACAGGGCUUUGCCCCCUCCACCCACACCUGCUCCGUGGGCUACGACCGCCAGCCCAACAUCUGCGACUUCGUGCUGAGCCAGAGGGAGGCGCCAGAUGGCCGGGACCCCAGGCGCAGGGGCAAGGGGGAUGGGCGGCGGAGGGCUCGGGGUCAAAGAGGGACGGGGCCCAGGAGGAGGAGGAGAGUUGCCGGGCCCCAGGGGAAGGGGGUAGGGUCUGUGAGCAGAGGGGCUCAGGGGCAUUAAGAGCAGAUGAUGGGCAGCUGGACUGUCCCUAUAACCACUGACCCUUCCCCUCUAAUACCCCUCCCCCAGUGUAGUCACCCCUCUAUAAUACCCCAGCCCAACCCCCAAGGGUCACCCCAUCAGGCAGGGACCUGUGGCCAUCCUACCCUCUAACAUGGGUCAGAGAAAUCAUUCAGCCAUUCGGCCCCCGAGCUGUGCUGUACUCAGCAUUAGGCACCAGGACAGGCCCUUCAGCCUAUCACGUCUGUGCUGACGAGGAAAGCAGGACGGUGCUGGUCCGAGCCUCUCAUUCUCUCUGAACCAGGAGAGUCAGCUGCUGCCACACACACCCCCUCCCCCAGGGGUGAACCUCUCACCCCCACCCAGGAAAAAUCUCCCCCACCCACCCCCAGGGCAAAUCCCCAGGGGAAAAUCUUCCCCCCCACCCCACCCCACCCCGGGGCAAACCUCCCCCCCCCCCUCAAGGAAAAUCUCCCCCUCCCCCAGCCCAGGAGCAAACCUCCCCCUCCCCCAGCCCAGGGGCAAACCUCUCCCCCCAGACCAUCACCUCACCUCGCUGAGACCUUGUGCCGUGCUGUGGCCAAGCCUUGCCCCACAUACCCUGUAGCUCACACAAUGCCAUGGCAAAGGGUUAUGAAGAGUCCUGUAGGGGGUAGUCUCCUCUACACCCUGGCUCCACAAGCUGCUGUUACUGAUGCACCCCCCCCACCCCCCCACAGUAGAGUCAUCCAGCACAGAAACAACUCACCUACACCAGCCCACAUGCCCCGUCUAUACUAGUCCCCCCUGCCUGUAUUCUCCCCCCCAUACCCCUCUAAACCUCUAUCCAUGUAACUGUUGUUCUUUUAAAUGUUGUUAGAAUAUCUGCCUCAACUACCUCCUCUGGCAGCUUGUUCCAUGCACCCACCACCAUCUUUGUAAAUUUACUUCACUUUGUAAAUAAACUUUGUAAAACAGGUUCUUAUUAAACAUUUCUCCUCUCACCUUAAACCCGUGUCCUCUGGUUUUUGAUUCCCUCACUAUGGUUGACGCAGGCUCCCGAUUAGAAACCGCCUCUUCAUUCAGAUUCAGAUUCAGAAAACUUUAUUGUCUGUUGUAACAGAAAAUCUUCUUUGACGUGGCUCAACAUACAGACAGGACAAUGUACUGAUAAGCAGUCAUACAGCACAGAUUUCUGCCAGCACACACACAGUGUGUAUCGAUCUUAAAAGCAAAUAUAAAGAUUAAAAACUGUAAAAAUAGAAAAGAUAAAAGUUGUGGACACGUGUAAAGUGACAAAUGCGUCAGGGUUAAUUUGUCCAUUGUUCAUUUUUUAUUUAAGCUGUUUAUGGCAAUGGGUAUGAAUGCUGCCUGACCCACUGAGUUACUCCAGCACUCUGUGAAACAUCACCUAUCCAUGUUCUCCCACAGAUGCUGCCUGACCCACUGAGUUACUCCAGCACUCUGUGAAACAUCACCUAUCCAUGUUCUCCACAGAUGCUGCCUGACCCGCUGAGUUACUCCAGCACUCUGUGAAACGUCACCUAUCCAUGUUCUCCACAGAUGCUGCCUGACCCGCUGAGUUACUCCAGCACUCUGUGAAACGUCGCCUAUCCAUGUUCUCCACAGAUGCUGCCUGACCCGCUGAGUUACUCCAGCACUGUGUGAAACGUCACCUAUCCAUGUUCUCCACAGAUGCUGCCUGACCCGCUGAGUUACUCCAGCACUCUGUGAAACGUCACCUAUCCAUGUUCUCCACAGAUGCUGCCUGACCCGCUGAGUUACUCCAGCACUCUGUGAAACGUCACCUAUCCAUGUUCUCCACAGAUGCUGCCUGACCCGCUGAGUUACUCCAGCACUCUGUGAAACGUCACCUAUCCAUGUUCUCCACAGAUGCUGCCUGACCCGCUGAGUUACUCCAGCACUCUGUGAAACGUCACCUAUCCAUGUUCUCCACAGAUGCUGCCUGACCCGCUGAGUUACUCCAGCACUCUGUGAAACAUUUUAAUCUACAAUUUGAGAGGGGCAAGGGAAAAUGGGAAGUGUCAGUAUUAUAAAGGGGACAUGAGGGAGGAGCUGGCCAAAGUUGACUGGAAAGAUACCCUAGCAGGGAUGACAGUGGAACAACAAUGGCAGGCAUUUCUGGGAAUAAUACAGAAGGUGCAGGAUCAGUUCAUUGCAAAGAGGAAGAA